AUGGCAAAUCACCACCCGUCGCCACAGAUGGCGAUGCAAAUGCAGCACCAUGGCCCACCAGUACCUCCUCCUCCUCCUGGUCCGGCCCAGGGGAGUCAAUGGGCCCCGUCGCGACACAUUGUUGCGGUUAACGAAGCACUUUGGAUGCAAAUUGGUAGUUUCUCUGAGCUCCUCGGCAACUUAGACGAAGCCAUGCUCGCUUACGAGCGCGCGUUGAACGCGAACCCGAACUCCAUUCCCGCGAUGAAUGCAAUCAGUCUAAUCCUAAGGACGCGUGAGGACUUUCAUAAGGCGGUAGAAUACUUGCAAGCUAUACUGAAGAUAGAUGCAAACAAUGGCGAAGUCUGGGGUAGCCUAGGGCAUUGCUAUCUGAUGAUGGACGAUUUGCAGCAGGCAUAUGCAGCUUACCAAUCCGCAUUAGUCAAUUUGCCGAACCCCAAAGAACCCAAGCUAUGGUACGGGAUAGGGAUCUUAUACGACAGAUACGGCUCCCUCGACCAUGCCGAGGAAGCUUUUUCGCAGGUUAUGCAGAUGCAGCCGGACUUCGAGAAGGCAAAUGAGAUCUAUUUCCGGCUUGGUAUAAUUUACAAGCAGCAAUCAAAAUACGGCCCAAGUUUAGAGUGUUUCAAGUAUAUCGUAAACUCUCCGCCACCGCCAUUGACCGAAGAAGAUAUCUGGUUCCAAAUUGGACAUGUUCAUGAACAGCAGAAAGACUAUGAUAGUGCAAAGGCCGCCUAUAUGCGGGUUCUUGAGCGUGACCCGAACCAUGCCAAGGUCUUACAACAAUUAGGUUGGCUUCACCAUCAGCAAAGCAGCAGCUUUCAAACCCAGGAGCGUGCCAUCGAGUACCUAGAGAAGUCUGUCGCGGCUGAUAACAACGACGCCCAAAGCUGGUACCUCCUUGGCCGAUGUUACAUGUCACAGCAGAAGUAUCCCAAGGCAUAUGAGGCAUACCAGCAAGCGGUGUAUCGUGACGGGCGGAACCCUACAUUCUGGUGCUCCAUUGGCGUGCUCUAUUACCAGAUCAAUCAGUACCGCGAUGCUUUAGAUGCAUAUUCUCGGGCGAUUAGGUUGAACCCGUAUAUAUCUGAAGUUUGGUAUGAUCUCGGUACUCUGUACGAGUCUUGUAAUAAUCAGAUCAAUGAUGCUCUGGAUGCCUAUCAAAGGGCUGCCGAAUUGGAUCCCGCUAACCCACACAUCAAGGCGAGACUUCAGCUUCUAAGGGCCGGUCAAACUCCGGGAAGCCUCCCGCAAGCUGUGCCCACUGAUGUUCAUCCCCAAUCCUACGGUGCUCAGGGACCACAAGCACCUGCAUGGACUGGCUCUGCUCCAAUGCAGCAAUCCGGACCCGGCCCUCACAGGCCGCCCCCGGGACCUGCCGCAGCCAACGGUUGGGGCCAAAGAACCAGUGAUAUCAACCCACCACAACCACCUAAUCCCUAUGAGCAGCGCGAGCCCUUUCGCGGGGUACCACCUCCACUCCCGCGACAGCCUAGCCCUCGGCAGGAGAUGAGGCAGUACGGGGAUUCAGGUCGUCCUGGUCCAGCACCGAUUCGAAGAGGUCCUUCUCCAGGCCCACCCACCCAAUAUGCACCCCCUUUACCAGGACCGUCGCAGCAACCCCCUCCACCACCUACCCAAGGUCCGGCUAGAGUUAACAAUCCGAAUUAUACGCCAGCACCUUCCUCGAACAUGGGUCCCUCAAAUGGCCCGCCUAAUGGCCCCCCACCGCACUCUCUAAUGCCCUACCGUAACGGUUCCCCUCGUUCAGAACCAAGACUCAUCCAUGACAACCGCAUGCCAUCACCAAAAUCAGCUUAUCCUCAGCACCAACCUCCGUUCCCUCACCAGCAAGAGCCGGGAAUGCCGGGCAAUAUGGAACCAGGCCCUCACCCAAAAGGGGUAAUCAGACCCGAUAUUCAUCAGGAUCACGAUAGACCGUCUUCAGUAGCGUCUAAGAGGAUGCGAGAGUGGGAGGACGAACCUUCCAUUAAAAAGCCUGCCAACGAGGAGACUCGGGCUCGCAUGGAAGAUAUACGUCACCGACGACAAUCCACUCCACCGCGGGAUCCUUACCGUCGUUCUCCUGAUGCUCACCGGUUUGAAGAACAACGGCGCAUCGAGGAGCAGCGACGCGUUGACGACCAAAGAAGAGUCGAAGAAAUGCGACGUGUUGAAGAGCAACGGCAUGCAGCCGAGAGUUAUCAUCCAUCAGAUGCCGCUCAUCAUCCGCCAGCACAUGCAAUGGCAAACCAUCUACCCCCUAUGCAGCAAGGUCCACCUCCUCCAUUGCCAAGCUUAAUUCAUGAUGGACCGCAGCCAAGCCCUGCCCCAAAAGACUACCCCCAAGAUGAGCGGCAGAGACUCGAACACCCACCGGCUCCUACUCCAUCGCAGAUAAAUGAACCAGAGCGGGCUGCUAGGAAAAUGGAUGUUGAUGAUGACUACGAUGAUAGUGGAGAAGAAGAGAAGAAGGUGGGCGUUAAUGGCGCGGCAUCGGGGCCGGGCUCAACAUCUGGAGAUUUAAAGAACACGACACCCACCAGUGCCAGCAUCAAUGGAAUAAUGGGACCUACACCUAAAGCGGAGGGUAACGUUUAG